AUGGCGGACGUGCGGGCUGCGGACCCUGGCCUCCCUCGAGCCCGCAGCCGGGACGGUCAGGACAGCCCGGGCGGGGCGGGCGCGGCGGCCGGGGGGGCUCCGCGUGCCGCCCGGGCGCAGCAGGCCGCAGGGCCGGGCGGAGACGCCGCACUCAAGGCCGGAAGGCCGGGGAAUCGCCUGCACAGAUUCGCCCUCCGCGUGCCUUUCCCGUCCCCCGUGGAGGCAGACAUCGCCCGCGGAUCCCUGGCCCCGGACGCGGAGCCUCGCCGAGGGGCGGUGGGCAAGGAGCUCAGCGUGAGCGGCAGCGUGCUGGCGGUCAGCUGGAGAGCGGAAGACGCUCGCCUCCUCCGGACGUCCGUCACCGGCUUUCUCGACCAGCUGUCCCUGGUGGUGCGGACCAUGCAGCGCUUCGGGCCCCCCCUAUCCCGCUGAGCCUGGGCUGGGAACGGGAGCUGAGGCCCGGCCCUGUCUCCGCCCGGGCGCCGGGCCUUCCCCCGCCGUGGUUCCUGAGCAGUUGCCGCUUUAGAACGGACCCCUCCUCCUUUGCCGGUACUGGCCCAUGGGCACUUGUCCACUUGUUUUGUUGGUGCUGAAGUAUUUGUCACUGCAGCAAAUAAAACUGAGCUACUAAAAAUAAAUAAACAAAUUAUGCCCUGGCCUGUGUGGCUCAGUUGGUUGAACAUCCUCCUGUGCACGGAAAGGUGGCUGGUGCCCUUCGGCAUCAGGGCACGUGGCCAGGUUGCAGGAUCCCCGGUAGUGUCCAGUGGGGUGUCCUCUG